AACUGGUACCUGGUGGCGUUAAGUAAGAGGUGUGUGUGUGUGCCGGGCCGACCCGUCUGCCUCUGGCGGUGUAGCCACAGUGUAAGGUGGUGGGUGUGAGUGAACAGGCACAGUGCGUACCUCCUACACUCUUCCCCAUUCACAGCCAGCAAUGAUAAGUAUUCAUUAGAGGAAAAAACAAGGAAAACAAACAAGAAGUAGUAAAAGCAAGAGUGCAUGUGUGUGCUAUGCCCGAGAGUGCACAAAGCAAACAAAUUCUGACAAUGGAGAUGAACGAAUCUGCUGCUUCUGUGUCCUUCGGCAAAAAGAAUGGCUGCUAUGUUAAAAGGAAUGUGGCAAUGCUAUUAGCGAUCCUGUUUGUGGGCUCACUAGUGGCAACAGGACUCCUCGUCUAUUACUUGGCUCCCAACGUCAACCGGACAUCAAACAGCUACCAUGCAAGAGACCUCGAACUUGCAGAGGGUGAUAAUACAAUGGAAGAAAAUUCUCCAGCCGCACAUACGUCAGAUGAAAAAGUCAAGGACGUGAGGCUGCCCACGUCCCUCCGACCAGUUCACUAUCUGGUUCGCCUUCAGCCCUUCGUCAGGGGCAAUUUUAGCAUAGCAGGUUAUGUGGAGGUGGAGGUGGAGGUGGUGGAGGAGACCUCUGUCUUUACUUUUCACAUGGCAGACAUCAUCACCCAUAAUGACACAGUAAAGGUAGUGGAUGCAGAAAAUCGAGAUGGGAUGGGUGUGGGCAUCAUGAAGCAGACAUACGACAACAAGCGAGAAUUCUACCAUGCCCAUCUCCAUCAACCAUUGACCAAAGGCCGCCGAUAUGUGCUGUCUAUGGAAUUCACCGGUUAUCUCAAUGACCAGUUGCACGGUUUCUACAGGUCUUCAUAUAAAGAUGCAACAGAAACAGAGAGGUGGCUUGCUGUGACACAAUUCCAGCCAACAGAUGCCCGCCGUGCCUUCCCAUGCUUUGAUGAGCCAGCCCUGAAAGCAACAUUUCAGGUGUUCCUGGCAAGGGAGACAGACAUGUCCGCCAUCUCUAAUAUGCCUAAAAUAAGCAGCCAGCCAAUAGAAGGUCAGCAGGGAUGGAUGUGGGACCACUUCAACACCAGUGUCCCUAUGUCCACCUAUCUUGUAGCAUUCCUAGUGUCCGACUUCUCAUUAAAGGAAGUCACCACACAAAAUGGAGUGACCUUCAGGACGUUGGCACGAGAAGCUGCCAUAAACCAGGCAAAUUAUUCACUUGAAAUUGGCCCAAAUAUCAUCACCUUCUUUGAAGACUACUUCAGCAUCCCAUACCCACUCCCAAAACAAGACAUGACUGCCAUCCCAGACUUUGCAGCAGGUGCCAUGGAAAACUGGGGCCUUAUUACCUAUAGGGAGACAGCGAUGCUAUAUGAUCCGAAGGUGUCUUCAGCCUACAACAAACAGCGAGUGGCGAUAGUAGUUGCACACGAGCUGGCUCACCAGUGGUUUGGGAACCUGGUAACCCCAGAAUGGUGGACAGACCUGUGGCUCAAUGAGGGGUUUGCAAGCUUUAUGGAGUAUGUGGGCGCUGACCAUGCUGAGCCAGAGUGGCAAAUGAUGGAGCAGUUCAUCGUGAUAGACUUACACAAAGUUUUCAGACUCGACUGCCUUGAGUCCUCUCAUCCCAUCAGCAUCCCUGUUGGUCAUCCUGAUGAGAUAAACGAGAUAUUUGAUACCAUCUCUUAUUCCAAAGGCGCUUCAAUAAUCAGGAUGAUGAAAUUUUUCCUGACGGAGGCAACAUUCCGUAAGGGUCUCACCAACUAUCUGAAGACCAGAGCAUAUGACAGUGCAGAGCAAGAUGAUCUGUGGGACUUUCUCACACAAGCUGCACACCAGGAUUCGACACUUGCCAAUGAUGUCACUGUCAAGACCAUCAUGGACACCUGGACACUACAGAUGGGCUACCCUGUUGUCAAGGUCACAAGAAGUGCUGAUGGGAAAUCAGCGACAGUUACACAGGAGCGGUUUCUGUUAAGGAAAGAUGCCAACUCCACAGACACUCAUGUCUACAGGUGGUGGGUGCCACUCUCCUACACCACACAGGCCACUGCUGACUUUAGCAAUACAGCACCCUCCAAGUGGCUCUCAAAGACUGACUCUAAGAUCACCAUCCGGUCCCUCCCAGACAGUAGGCAGUGGGUGAUAUUCAACGUGCAGGAGACUGGUUACUAUAGAGUCAACUACGAUGACAACAACUGGAAACUGCUGAUUGAGCAGCUCAAAGCUGAUCACACCAUGAUCCACGUUAACAAUCGUGCGCAGCUCAUAGAUGACGCACUCAACUUGGCACGAGCAGGUCAGUUAUCAUAUUCACUGCCACUGGAUCUUAUUUCUUAUUUGAAGAAGGAAAUCUUAUACACACCAUGGGCUACUGCUCUGGACAACUUGGAAUACAUUGAUAAACUCUUCUCUCGUACUGGAGCUUAUGGAGCUCUCAAGGAUUUCUUUCUUAGUUUGCUUGAACCGCUGUACAAGUCUGUUGGGUUCCAAGACUCUCCAAAUGACCCUCACAUUGACCAGCGCAAGCGAGUAAAGAUGCUCAAAUGGGCCUGCAAGCUAGGUCAUGAAAACUGUGUGACCCAGUCUGUCAGCCUCUUCAAACAAUGGAUGAUGAACCCAGAGAGUGACAGCAUCAUCUCUCCUAACCUAAAGGAUGUAGUGUAUUGCACUGCCAUAGCUGCAGGCAAGAAAAAGGAAUGGGAAUUUGCAUGGAACCAAUACCUCAACUCAAAUGUUGGUUCUGAAAAGAACAGACUACUCAAAGCUCUCGGAUGCUCCAAGAAAAUCUGGAUUCUGUCAAGAUAUCUCGAGAUGGCCUUCACUGAGGACUCAGGCAUUCGAAAGCAAGAUUCAGCCCGGGUAUUCCAGUCUGUGGCAAUGAAUGAUGUGGGGCGAGACAUGGCUUGGACCUACUUGAGGGAUCAGUGGCAUAACAUUACAGACUAUAUGGGAAGUGGCCUGUUCACUCUCCCUCGCCUGAUCAAGUCUGUAACUGAUGGCAUGAACAAGGAGUUACAGCUUGAUGAGCUCAAACAGUUCCAGUCAGCCAACAAAAACCACUUGGGUACCGCCAAGCGUGCCCUAGCCCAGGCUAUUGAACGAACUCAGAACAACAUUGAAUGGAUGAAUAAAAAUGGCCCAGAGAUCAUUCAAUGGCUAGCAGAUAAUGGUUACUCAUCAGAGCUCAGGAGUGAUUUGAACUAUUGUUCCCAGGAUGGCAACUCUACACCUGUAAUUUCAUCAAGCACAAAAGUCACGGAUGUGAGACUGCCAACUUCUCUCCGACCUCUUCACUAUCUGCUUCAGCUCCAGCCCUUGAUCAGGGGAAAUUUUAGUAUCAUUGGAUAUGUACAGGUGGAGGUGGAGGUGGUGACAGAAACCUCUGUUUUUACCCUCCACAUGGCUGACAUCAUCACACACAAUGAAACAGUCAAGAUAGUGGAUGCCAGAAAUGCAAUGAAGAUCAUCAUCCUUAAGCAGACUUAUGACAACCAGCGCCAGUUUUACCAUGCUCACCUCCAACAACCACUGACCAAAGGUCGCCGAUAUGUGCUGUCUAUGGAAUUUACAGGUUAUCUCAAUGACAAGUUGCAUGGUUUCUAUAGAUCUUCAUACAGAGAUUCAAAUGGAAUAAAGAGGUGGCUUGCUGUGACACAAUUCCAGCCGACAGAUGCCCGCCGUGCCUUCCCAUGCUUCGAUGAGCCAGCCAUGAAAGCAACGUUUGAGGUGUUCCUGGCAAGGGAGAUAGACAUGUCUGCCAUCUCUAAUAUGCCUAAAAUAAGCAGCCAGCCAAUAGAAGGUCAGCAGGGAUGGAUGUGGGACCACUUCAACACCAGUGUCCCUAUGUCCACCUAUCUUGUGGCAUUCCUAGUGUCCGACUUCUCAUCAAAGGAAGUCACCACACAGAAUGGAGUGACCUUCAGGACGUUGGCACGAGAAGCUGCCAUAAACCAGGCAAAUUAUUCACUUGAAAUUGGCCCAAAUAUCCUCACCUUCUUUGAAGACUACUUCAGCAUCCCAUACCCACUCCCAAAACAAGACAUGAUUGCCAUCCCAGACUUUGCAGCAGGUGCCAUGGAAAACUGGGGCCUUAUCACCUACAGAGAGACAGCGAUGCUGUAUGACCCGAAGGUAUCUGCAGCCUACAACAAACAGCGAGUGGCGAUAGUCGUUGCACACGAGCUGGCUCACCAGUGGUUUGGGAACCUGGUAACUCCAAAAUGGUGGACAGAUCUGUGGCUCAAUGAGGGCUUUGCAAACUAUAUGGAAUAUGUGGGCACUGACCAUGCUGAGCCAGAGUGGCAAAUGAUGGAGCAAUUCAUUGUGGUAGACUUACACAAGGUUUUAAGACUUGACUGCCUUGAGUCCUCCCAUCCCAUCAACAUCCCUGUUGGUCAUCCUGAUGAGAUAUAUGAGAUAUUUGAUACCAUCUCUUAUUCCAAAGGUGCUUCAAUAAUCAGAAUGAUGAAAUAUUUCCUGACGGAGGCAACCUUCCGCAAGGGUCUCACUAACUACCUGAAAACCAGAGCAUAUAGCAAUGCUGAACAAGAUGAUCUGUGGGACUUCCUGACACAAGCAGGCCAUCAGGACUUGACACUUGUCAAGUGUGUCACUGUCAAGACUAUUAUGGACACAUGGACACUACAGAUGGGAUAUCCUGUGAUCACAGUCAUAAGAAGUGCUGAUGGAGCUUCAGCCACAGUCACACAGGAGCGGUUCCUUUUAAGGAAAGAUUCCAACUCCACAGACACUCAUGUCUACAGGUGGUGGGUGCCACUUUCCUACACCACACAGGCCACUGCUAACUUCAACAAUACAGCACCCUCCAUGUGGCUCUCAAAGACUGACACUAACAUCACCAUCCGGUCCCUCCCAGACAGUAAGCAGUGGGUGAUAUUCAAUGUGCAGGAGACUGGCUACUAUAGAGUCAACUACGAUGACAAAAACUGGAAGCUGCUGAUUGAGCAGCUCAAAGUUGAUCACACCAAGAUUCACGUCAACAAUCGCGCACAGCUCAUAGAUGACGCACUCAACUUGGCACGAGCAGGUCAGUUAUCAUAUUCCUUGCCAAUGGAUCUGAUUGCAUACCUUAAGAAUGAGACAUCAUACACGCCUUGGGCUACUGCUCUAAAUAACUUGGCUUAUAUUGAUAAACUUUUCUCGCGCACUGGAACUUAUGGAUCUCUUAAGAAUUUCUUGCUGAGUCUACUUGACACACUGUACAAGUCUGUUGGGUUCCAAGACUCUGUAGCAGAUCCUCACCUUGACCAAUACAAAAGGAUAAAGAUGCUCACUUGGGCCUGCAAGCUGGGUCAUGAAGACUGUGUCACUCAGUCUGUCAACCUCUUCAAGCAGUGGAUGAUGGACCCAAUGAACAAAAGCAUUAUCUCGCCAAACUUGAAGGAUGUGGUGUAUUGCACUGCCAUAGCUGCUGGUAAGGACAAGGAAUGGGAGUUUGCAUGGAAUCAAUACCUCAAUUCAAAUGUUGCCGCUGAAAAGAUAAAAAUACUGUCGGCUCUGGGGUGCUCCAGGGAGAUGUGGAUUCUGUCAAGGUAUCUUGAGAUGGCCCUCAUCAAAGACUCCGGCAUCAGAAAGCAAGAUGCUAUGAGGGCUUUCUCUUCUGUGGCCUUGAACACUGUGGGACAAGACCUCGCUUGGAAUUUCUUAAGAGAUCAGUGGCAUAAUAUUACUGAGUAUAUGGGUACCAGCUCUUUUGGUCUUCGUUGGAUAAUAAAAGCAACAACAAAUGGCAUGAGCAAAGACUUAUACUUAACAGAGCUCAAACAGUUCCAAUCCACCAACAAAGACAAUUUGGGCAGUGCUAAGCGUGCUGUAUCCCAGGCUAUUGAAACCAUUGCCAACAACAUUGAAUGGAUGAACAAAAACAGGCAAGUGAUCACUCAGUGGCUGGCAAAUUAUGGUUACCUGGUAACGCUCAGGAAUACUUAAGUAUUCAUCUACUUGUAUUGUACAGGAGGGAAGCUAUGAUUGUGCUGUCCUGUCAUUGUAUUUCUUAGUGUCUGAUAUGGUCUUAAAAUCUUAUAGUAUCUUUGCACACACUACUGUUCUAUCCAGUUCAUUCCACAUAUCUACUACUUUGUGGGAGAAGCUGUUAUUCAAAGUUCUUCUAUAAUUGUCUUUUUUUGAGUUUCCUUCCAUGCCCUCUAGAAUCCCCUGGGUCCCAUUUCACUAUUUCUUCCAUAUCACGAACCACCAUGCUCCUCAUGAUUUAGAUGGUUAACAAAUCACCUUUACUCUUUUUCUUUGUUCUAGCAUUGGCAAAUAUAGUUUUUACAGUCUUUCCUCAUAAGUUAAUUCAGAAAAGAGUUGGGGCCAAUCAUGUAGUUACUCUUUGGAUCCUUUGUAAGUUUUAAUUUCUUUUUAUGUACUGUACUCCAGCAUUUCUUAUAAGUUGUAUGUUUCACUAGCAAUUUUAUUUAUUUAUUGAUCAGGUGACAUAUUAUCUGUAAUAAAUACAUUAUUUCUUGGA